ACAACAAAUUCCCACUUGCCCAUCUCUCUCUUUCACUCUGUCUAUCAAGUAUUGAAGUGAAAGCAAAGCAACCCAAACCCUGACCCAUCAUCAAAUAAUCCAUCCUCCUUACAACCAAUUCUCAUUUCACCCUAACCAUGGAAGACCAACAUAUCUGCCAAAAGCUUCCUAGUGACUAUCAUUCCAAUGUCGAUACUUCUCGCCCCUUCAGUUCUGUCAAAGAAGCUGUCGCCAUUUUCGGCGAGCGAAUUCUCGCUGGCGACAUGUACUCCCCAAAGCCUCAUAACAGCCCCAAACCAGAGGUAGGCACCUCAUGGAGCUUCAGCACACCCAGUCCCAUGGUGAAACUACCCCCGAGAGAAGAAGCUGAGGGUGAGCAACAUGCUUCCAGCAAUAACCUAAAGAAACUUGAAGCAGAGCUCGCGGAAACAAAGUUGGAGUUAAAGUUACUAAGAGAGCGAGAGUCUAUAACCGAGGUUGCUCUGGCUUCCCUGAACGCUGAGCUGCACAAGAACAUGUCAAGGUUAGCUCAAGCUGAAGCUGCUGCUGCAGCAAAAGCUGCGGCGACCAGAAGAUCAACUGAUUUUGAAAGGGGAACUGGGGCUGAUGCCAUGAAAGAACAGGAGAAAAUAAGCGAGAUGGUGAUCAGGAUGGAGAGCUCCCCCACUCUGGCUCAGAUACUGAGUAUCAGUGAGAAGGGGGACUACUCAGGAUGCACGAAGGAGAAGAAAAUGAUGAAGAAGAAGCCUAUUGUUCCACUUGUAGGAGACUGGUUUUCCAGGAAGAAGAGAUCUCCCACAACUCAUCUACAUGAGUCUCUCCACUCUUCACCUCACUUUUUCAAUUAAGUGUGUAAAUCUUCAUGGUGUUGGAAACCCAGUUUCUUAUCAAA